AUGGCCGUUCCGAAGCCCCCAAUCGAGCUCAAGGACCACUGCACCGUUCUGCACAAGGACGUGUUGUACGUCUACUCGCCGGCCGGAUUUAUGUCGCUUCCUCUCAAAGAGGGUGCGAAAUGGAGUCAACUGGACAUGGGCACAUCUGUGACGGGAGGUUCAUGCUUCAAAGGCAGCACUGAUGGAGAUGUGAACAACCCGGCCUUUUACGUGGUAGGCGGCACCGGCGGCUCGGACGAGUAUCUCGGCGUCCAGAGCUACUCGUUUUUGGAUAAGAAAUGGAGGUACCCGAAGCUGGAUGGACGGGAUAUAAAAAACCGCGUCAACCACGAUGCCAUCUACCUCAGCUCUCCGCCCUCGAUCCUCGUUUUUGCUGGCUCUGCAGACGGAAACCCGAACCCUUCGGUGCAAACGUUUACGAUCCUCAUGUCCCCCGAAUUAUACCACAUAGAGUCGCACAACCAACCAGUUCCCCCUUCCAUCAGACCGAUCCUUUUACCCUGGAGCGAUGGCACGGCGAUAGUUGUUGGAGGCAGCGCGGAUAACAAUAAGGUCUAUCAAUUCAUUAACAAUGGGUGGCAGCCCACCGAUUCCAUUCUUGAAAAUCCAAUUGGAGAUCCGGCCACAAAUCUUGUUACCAUUAAUCCUUAUAUAGACGGACAAAAAUCUUUGCAGGUUUUCAACUUUGGGACAUCACCGACCUCGGUUCGCAUGGAUAGCUUGAAGCCGGCAGGCGGCCCGCCCCAUCGACGGUCGAUUCAUCGCUCCCGGCACCACUCUCACUCCAAUAUACGGAAACGAGCCCCUUCCCCAGGCUCGUACCCCGCCUAUAACGCGACACUCGCUCCCACGGGGACCCGUACGGGUGCCGCCAUUGCCUUUGACCCAGAAGACCCGAAAGGGAGAGUGGUGAUAUCCGGUGGUGGCACCGAAGAGCCCAUCGUCGUGUUCGAUCAAAAAAACAAUGAGUGGCUAGAUGUCGCUCAUAUCUUUUCUUCGGUUACUACUUCUUCAACCUCGUCCUCUUCGACCAUGUCAUCUACUAUGCUUUCCACUAGUAGUACAAUGUCGUCUACUAUAACUGCGGCCCCAACCUUGACCUCUAUUCCCUCCGAGUCAGUAACCUCCACUUCUAGUGAUAGAGUUGGCGGCGUUGUCCCUCCGGAUGGCCGUACCUUGACCAUUAUCGGUGCCACACUAGGCUCUCUCUUGGGUAUCGGGGCAAUUGUUAUCAUUAUCCUACUCCUACUUGCUUGGAGGCGUCGGACCAGCUUGUAUAGUCAACAUACCAAGGAAAAGCACAUGAAUUCGGACAAUAAGGACAGGCUCAGCUUCCAGGAUGCAGGCAUGGAGCCACUCACUCGUUCAGUGCAACCGAUGGCAAGAGGGCCCGUUCCUUCAACCGAUUCCUGGGCAUUCGUUGCUGGACACUCCGAAGACUAUUCCCGAGGAUCUGUGAACCUACGACCGCCCACCCGGGGCAUACCCAUAUCUGAAAAGGGUCCUAGCCCGCUUCGAGAUAUGGAGGUAAACCAGGAGCGGCCAAGCAGUGAGCUGUAUCCAUCAGAUUCCAAAGGACCCGUUUUUGGUGCAGUGGUUGACCCAAGACACACCCAGACCGACGGGCGGCUCACUGAUGAGGGAUGGAGUAAAUAUUUCCAAGGCGACAGGGACAACAAAUCGUCGAGAUCCAAUACCUCUUCUAUUGACUCUAAAUCGGACUACAAAUCGGACUAUAAAUCGGAUUAUCGAGGCAGCGGGUGGCCGCACGUAUCAGCCGAAGUUCCACCUCUGAAUGUCGCUCGGUUGGGUGGACCGCAACCCCUAGGACAGGUCUCAAGCGGUAGCCCUAGCACCGAACAUCCUCCCAGGUGGGCUUUCUCACAACACCAGGGGAUGGCCGCCAAAAUAUCCAGCGCAGACUCUGUCAGCAUUAAUUCAGAUGACUACUAUGACGACAGAAGAGACACUCGAACCGAUGCUUUCUCGUCCGGCAUCCCAGCUAGUACCCAUGACGUGGACCGCUGGGGUAGAGCGUCGAAAGAGCCUCGUGUGGCAAGUAGUAAUUAUUCUAAUAGCGUAUACUUCGAUAACCCAGGUCUUCUGCCUGGAAGUUCGGACCGAUACCUAGCGCCAAUGCCUCAUGACAGUCGAGUCCCCUCUUACGGACGUACCAAUCGUUCAGUGAACAGGGGCAUCCUCAGCUCGGAUAUCAGCUGGCUCAAUAUCGGGAACAACAGACAUUGA